GCGCUCCUGCUCCCCGAAGACCGUGUUCAGAUGAGUCCCCCGCCCACGAAGUCGCAAUACGUGUCCGAAACAGGCUAUCCCCCUGAAAACGAUGGACAACAGCCAUACAUACUCCAUGGAGUUCACAUUCUACCAUCCGAACUCAUAUUGAUGAUAUUCGAUCGCGGCCUAAUGGCUGACCGCCUUCGUGGGGCUCGCAGGCGGAUCCGGAUUCCCUUUCCGGUGCUCGUGUCGCAUGUCUGCAUGCAUUGGCGAGCCCUCGCCCUCGGCUCGCCUUGGCUGUGGACUGACAUUCACCUUACGCUCUAUCAUGGCACCAAAUUCUGGAGGCUCUAUCUCCAGAGGUCUUAUCCAGCAGCCCUGUCCGUGGACCUUGUCUGCGGACCUGCCCGCGGAAAACACGACGGCGCUAUGCUCGAGCUGGCUCUUCACCUAAUACUCCCUCAUAUUAUGCGGUGGAAGCGGCUCACAGUAUUCUCGGACCGCGAUCAAGUUAUCAGGACGCUCGCCGACAGCCUCAAGGACCAGUCGGCGCCCGCGCUGGAGACGCUCGAAUUCCUUCAUUCCGACGUCUCCUGGUGGGGUGAAGCGACACCGAUCCAGUUCUUCUGCGGCGACACCCCCAGUCUCUCGACGAUCCGCCUACGGAACAUCACAUGGGACUGGCGCAAGACGUCGCCCAUCAACUUGACGACCCUCGACAUUGCCAUCCCCCGUUCAUACGCCUUCAUGGCGUUCUCGUGGACGGACUUCGAGGAGAUAGUUCACAACUCCCCGCGCCUCGUUCAUCUGGCCCUAUCUGGCGCACCGAUUGCGCUUCCGAGUCAGGAAGUCGUCACUGCCCCCGUUGUGAUCGAAACUCUCCGCUCCCUCAUGAUCAAACUUGCCGAUACUGGCACGUACAGCACCAGACUCUGUGCUCUUAUGUCCAUGCCCCGCCUCGAGGAACUGACCAUCGAAGGUGGAAUGCAAGGCUUCAUGCGAGCCCUACCGAGCUGGCAACCGUGGUCCGUGUCAAAUGUCAAGCCCGACGAAUGGGAGGUCAAGUACCCUCGUAUGCGCAAGCUUACUCUCAUCGAGACGGACCCAUGGGAGCCGGAUCUCAUUUCGCUGCACUUCGCGCAAGCUCUUCCAGGCACGGAGGAACUACGCCUGAUAGGCGUAGACGUCGCGCCGAUCUUCCGCUUUCUAUCACAAGCGUUCAACUUCGAUUUUCCCUCCUCGGCUGCGGCGACGGUUCCUUGGCGCGGAUUAAAGAUCAUAAAUAUCGAGAAAUGGCCAAAAUACGAGCAUGUUAGUCCGUUGAUGCUCGCCGCUGGCUCCAUCGAAGCGACGAGUGCGGAGGUGGAAGGGAUCAAGCGCCUAGUGGAACACCGGAAGAGAACAGGCAAGCCACUUCACGCAUUGGUGGUACGUCCCGUAGAGGCUUUUCGAAAGGGCGCCAUUGCCAUGUGGCUUCGCGAGCAAGGACUAGACCCCCUGUAGGACAUGACCAUGGGUUGUACCGGUACUAAUACGAGCACUGGAAUGGAACUGUCCGAAUACUGCAUGCGCUCCAUCAUACAUACAUGAUCAGGAGGUGCUCAUUGUUCGGACGUGAAGCUUCAACCUAUAUACGCAUGUU